AGCUGGAUCACGGCAUGAUAGAGCAACUGUAGGGUCUCCACUUCGCUACACUUCCACUUCGCUAUCACCACUGAGCUGUGGCACUAUACAGACGUGCUGGGCUAGAGAGGAACAGAGAGUCAGGACUUGAGUCCUGGAAGGAGACUAAAGAUUUGACAGAGGAAGAGGAGGAGGAGGCAGUCAAGAGUGUGAAGAAAAAGCGGAGGAGUCGGGAGUCUGAGGAUGCACGGAGCGAGCUGAAGGAGCUGCUGAGCUUGCAGCAGCAGCCAAGCAACACUUCUAAACUCACAUACACACUACUUCCAGGGGAGGACAGUGUGUGGUGCCCCCAGUGGAGGAUGAAGAAGCACUCAGCCCGAGUGGCUCCACUCAGCUCAUACAGCACUCAGGUCCUGACCUGCCCUAACUCUGAAGGAGAGGAUGGCUCGGAAUCUCACGCAGAGACACCAGGAAGUGAGACCAGUGUGGAGAGCCAGUCCUUCCAUACGUGCGCCAACACGGCUCUGAAGGUGCUGGGUGGUUUGCUGAUGGUGCUGUGUGUUUCCUCCUCCUGGGUGGGUACCACUCAGGUGGUGAAGCUGACCUUCCAGUCAUUCUCCUGUCCCUUCUUCAUCUCCUGGUUCAGCAGCAACUGGAACAUCCUCAUCUUCCCCAUCUACUACUCGGGACAUGUCGUCACCACACGGGAGAAGCAGACCCCCAUCCAGAAAUUCAGGGAGUGCAGCAAGCUCUUUGGGGAGGAUGGAAUGACUCUCAAGCUUUUUGUAAAGAGGACAGCACCCUUCUCAAUCCUGUGGACACUGACCAACUACCUGUACCUCUUAGCCUUGAAGAAACUGACCGCCACUGAUGUCUCUGCCCUCUACUGUUGCCACAAAGCUUUUGUUUUUCUCCUCUCAUGGAUUGUCCUCAAGGACCGGUUCAUGGGUGUUCGGAUUGUGGCUGCCAUAAUGGCCAUCACAGGUAUUGUCAUGAUGGCUUAUGCUGACGGUUUCCAUGGUGAUUCCUUUGUGGGUGUGGCAUUGGCUGUGGGCUCAGCCUCAACUUCAGCUCUUUAUAAGGUGCUGUUCAAGAUGUUCCUGGGCAGCGCCAACCUUGGAGAAGUGGCUCAUUUUCUUUCCACCAUGGGCUUUUUCAACCUCAUCUUCAUCUCCUGUGUGCCCCUCAUCCUGUAUUUCACCAGGGUAGAGCACUGGGGCUCACUCUCCUCACUGCCGUGGGGAUACAUGUGUGGACUGGCAGGACUGUGGCUGGUGUUCAACAUCCUGGUCCAUGUUGGUGUGGUACUGACUUACCCCAUUCUGAUCUCUAUAGGGACACUGCUCAGUGUGCCGGGAAAUGCAGCUGUAGAUCUUUUGAAACAUGAGGUGAUCUUCAGUGUGGUGCGACUGGCUGCCACCUGCAUCAUCUGCCUGGGCUUCCUGCUCAUGCUGCUACCAGAGGAAUGGGACUCAGUCACUCUGCGUUUCCUGGCCACCAUUGCGGACAAAAAGUCAGAGGACCACGGCGAGGAGCUCACAGACUCCAGCACCCACACUCGAAGCCGCAGUCGCGCAAAUGGCACUGUCUCCAUUCCCUUGGCAUGACAUGCUCUGAUAGUAACCUCCGUUAACCAGUCUGGAAACUCCACAUUUCUCCAGAGCCCACACUGGAGGUGUGGUGGGACGCUCAGUCCAUGUGGACUCAUCUAUCAGGAAGUGAGGCAGUAACAUCUUGAACUUCAAACUUCACUCUGGAGACGUACUGUUUCUAUCACUUCACAACAACAGGGGAAACUGAAAACAUUUAUGGAUCAUGCAACUUGAAAGAGCUGAAAGUGUUAUUUACUUUCUUGAAAUACUUGCCGCACUCCAUCCCUUGCACGCACCCAAACCAAGAGCUGACUGGCUCCCCCUUGAGAUGCUCUGCAGACUGUAUUCUGUGAAUAUAACUAUCAGCAGGGCCAGUUUGGCUCAGUCUUACACAUAUUUAUGAUAUUUAUUUAGAUCUGUAUCAAUAAGAGUAAUAAUUUUAAAUCUUACUGAAUAGCGUUAUAUAGAAGAAUGAUAAUUAUACUAUGCUUAAUGUACAGGAUCUUUUGAUUUUGUAAUAAAAGUCUUAAA